AUGUCUAGAGACCCGGACGUGAACAGGCUCACUGAGAGCACGUACAAGAAUGUGAUGGAACAGUUCAACCCAAGUCUACGCAACCUUGUAAACCUGGGAAAGAGCUAUGAGAAAUCAGUCACAGCAAUGGGUCUUGCUGGAAGGACGUAUUUUGAUGCAGUCUCGAAGAUUGGAGAGAAUGCUGCUGUGUCGCCAGUCUCCAGAGAACUAGGAGUGGUUCUGAUGGAGAUAUCUGAAGUGCACAAGAACGUGCAGUGGGAGCUGGAGGAGUCGUUUAAAAGGUUUCACAGUGAGGUCAUUGCUGAACUGGAGAGGAAAACAGAACUGGAUGUAAAAUACAUGAAUGCCACAUUCAAAAGAUACCAGUCAGAACACAAAAUCAAGCAGGACUCUCUGGACAGAACACACGCAGAUCUGAGGAAAUUGCGUCGGAAAAGCCACGGGAAGCAUUCCAGCAAAUACGACACCAAGGAAAAUGAGUGUAUGGAGACCCUUUCAUCACGACAGACGGACAUGCAGAUGUUUAUUGCGGAAGGUCUCACGGAGGCUCUGCUAGAGGAGAAGAGGAGGUUCUGUUUUCUGGUGGAUAAACAUUGUACCUUCGUCUAUCAGAUGGCGGCCUUUCAUGACAAGGCAAAGGAGAUGCUCUCUGCAAAGCUGCCCAGCUGGCAGGACAAGUGCAGUGAUGCCACCAAAGUUCCAGACACCAUAAUGACUAUGAUUGAGGGACUGCAAACCCCCGUUUCGGUUACACCUGAUCCCUCACCCCUUGUGAGGCGCUUUGACAGGAAUUCUGAUAUUAUGGUGCCACCACCAGCUCCACCACCGCAGAUCCGCACUACUCCUCUGGCCACAAUGUUUGCUCAGGACCACCACCCCAGCCCCACGUCCACAGAGCCUUACUCAGAUCAAGACAGUUUGGAUGAUGGUGACAUGUCCAGGUCUAUUUCCAGUGAAAUAAACGUAAUGAAGAAGACACGUGUGCAGACCAUUUUUCCUCACACAGCUGGAAACAAUGAUACCCUGCUCGGCUUCAGUGAUGGAGAAAUCAUCACUUUACUUAUUCAGGAUGAGAAGGAUGGCUGGCUGUAUGGGGAACUGGAGAAAACUGGAAAGAGAGGCUGGUUUCCGUCCUCAUACUGCCGACCUUACAGUGAGCCUGUGAUGACUAACAUGGCUGAGACCCCUCUGCACAGGAUGAACAUGGCAAAUCUUUCUAAGCAGUCCAGAGAGGAUGAAGAGGAGGAGGAAGAGCAGCCUGUGCUUCUGCCUCCCCCUGACUACACUGACUCAUCCAGGAAGCCCUUCACCCAAAACACGGUGUCUUUGUCAAAUGGGACGUCAAUGCCUCCCUUUCUUGGAGGUGGGAAUCCCUUUUGUACAGUCAGACUGCGGCCCACGGUUACAAAUGACAGAUCAGCACCGAUGAUCUAACAUUCUUCAGCACAAGACUUGAUAAGGAUUUUUAUUUUGGUUUCAGAUACUUAGGCUAAAAUGAAAAGUGCUUUACUGCAGAUGUUUUACAUGAAUUCCAUGAACAAUUACAUAGAUUUAAUAUGUAAUUAAUUGGUUGGUUUUAAAUUGAAUUGGUUCAGAAACUGAAUCCCUUUAAAGUCCAAAAGACCGUAUCUUGUAUUCUGAUAUAACGCAUUGUUUGACCAUAUUGGUCUUUCUGGCUGUUAAACUGUGAUUUGUUAAUAUUUUUAGAUAAAGCAGUAACUAGCAGCAUUUCAAAGCUGAAA